AUGAUCAAGUUGUAUGCUUUUCUGGCGUUGAUGCUCGUUGUGAACGUUAUCUUCUCACAAGGUGGUGAAAUAGAUAAAAGAGGAGCCGAUCCUCCCAAGUUUGAGCACGAUUUUUUCGAAAAAAGAGGAGUCGAUCGAAACAAGUUUAAAGGCGGAAUCGGUAAAAGAGAAAUCGACCAAUACAGAUUCAACAUCAGAGGCGGGUCUAGGGCGGCCAUCCCGGUUGUGGACAGUGUUAUGAAAAAGGACCACACAGGCCACUUGCCAGGUCAGAAAAACUCGGUUUAUAAAUUCCUCAAAUCUUUUAUGGAAAGAAUUAUCAAUGAAAUAGAUAGAUUCGGUAUUAAAAUCAAAAGAAAUUUUUCACGAUUACUUUACAGUUCAAAAAAUUGA